AUGGUACCUCACCAGGACGAGAGAGGAGAGCCCCGGCCCUCAGAGGCGGCAGAGGUGCCCGGUGAUCGGCUCCAGCAGGAGCAGCAGAAGGAACUGGCGUCUUUGGAUCAGCAGGAUGCCUCUGAUACUGAAAUGGACGAAAAGAGGCAAGCAGCACUAAUGACGUCCCUUGAACAUGGAGAGACAGGGACAGUAGCAGCAGCUCACAAAUACACUGUCUGCGCUGCAUCGGUUCGGAAGCUGAGGGAUUUGCUGCUUAUUCCCGCUGCUGAGGUGGAGGCCGCAUUGCAGCAGGCAGAGGGUGAUUAUGUCAAGGCAACACAGUUGCUUUUAGAGCAAGAGAUUUGA